GUGGUACCUAUAUUGUUGAACUAGUUAUUGUUGUGUUGUUGUUAUUUGAUACACUUAUUAGUGACAAUAAAGAUAAAGAUUAUUUAAAUAAGCCCGCUAAAAGCCCGGCGCGAUGUCCGGCGCCGGUUACGCCGGCCCGUACCGCCCCCUGUCCGGCGCCGGCCCAUACAGCCCCCCGAUCGGCGCGAACGACGUCUAUCGCUCGACGACAGUGGCGCCAGGCGCCGCCGCCUUAGGCCUCUUCGGCGGGCUGAAAAGGGCCUUCGCUUUCGGCUCGGGGGCGGCAGAAUGUCAAGUCAAGGACGAGCGGUUGCUGGGUGCCAAUCCGGAGGCGGCGAAUCGGAUCGUUCCGGCGAGGACUGAUAGUGCUAACACUAACACAAACAGAAACAUGCCUUCUUCUGGAUUAGCUGAAGAGGCUGCCCUGUUGGGUGCUAUGCCUUCUGACAGCAUGGACGAUAUCGAACUGAAAAACAUUCAGUUACAAUUUCCUUCAUCUCGGUCUCUGUCGAGAGAUGAUUCCUCUGCACAAGAAGAAGUCGUUGAAACGGAUCGGGGAAAUAUUGUCGUUGCCAUUCAAGGAUCUAGAAAUAAACCUGCGAUUCUGACGUACCACGAUCUGGGAUUGAAUUAUAUUUCCAGUUUUCAAGCAUUCUUCAACUACAUAGACAUGAGGGCAUUACUCGAAAACUUUUGCGUCUACCACAUAAAUGCUCCAGGUCAAGAAGAAGGUGCUCACACCCUGCCAGAAGACUACAUCUACCCGACAGUAGACGAACUGGCCAACCAGAUCAGCUACGUGAUGACGCAUUUCGGCUUGAAGCAGUUCAUCGGCUUCGGAGUGGGCGCAGGCGCGAACAUCCUGUGCCGAUACGCCCUCGGCCACCCCGACCAAGUGUCCGCCCUCUGUCUCGUCAACUGCAUCAGCACCCAAGCGGGCUGGAUAGAAUGGGGGUAUCAGAAACUCAACUCCAGACACUUGAGAUCCAAGGGAAUGACCCAGGGGGUGUUGGACUACCUCAUGUGGCAUCAUUUCGGAAGGCAAUCGGAAGACAGGAACCAUGAUCUCGUCCAAGUAUAUAAAAGCUACUUCGAAAGGAACGUGAAUCCCACCAAUCUGGCCCUGUUCAUCGAUAGUUAUGUGAGGAGAACGGACCUGAAUAUCCACCGAGAAAUGGAUCCAACCAAGAAGAAGAAUGCGUCGUUAGCUAUGCCCGUUAUGAAUAUCACUGGUUCAUUCAGUCCACACAUGGACGACACUGUCACAUUCAAUGGUCGUCUGGAUCCCACAAACUCUUCGUGGAUGAAGAUAUCUGAUUGCGGUAUGGUUCUCGAAGAACAACCAGGGAAAGUCAGUGAAGCUUUCAGGCUAUUCCUGCAAGGAGAAGGAUACGCCAUACAAGUCGGGCGCAGGCGCUCUAGCUGUCUGUCAGUUGAAGUUGCUCCGCUAUCACCAACAAAAAUGGCCAUGUUCCGUAAAGCAUCAUUGGAAGAACUGCUCAAAAUCAAGUUAUCGAGUGGACAGUGGCCAUUGAAUAUCAUUAAUAUCACCGAGAAUCCUAUCUCAGCCAUUGUAUGUUGAAGAUUGCGCUAUUACUGUAUUGGAAUUUAUAUCUAUCUACGACUGGAAUACAUCCACAUAUAUCCAACUAUGCAAUGGAUAUCAAUGAAACCAAUAAAUUUGAAAGAGUGUAUUCAGUAACGUAAAGAUAUUGUGAUACCUAAAUUAUUUUACGCAUGUUAUUGAUUCGAAAAAAAUAUAUGCUCUUCUUUUCAUAUGGUUCAAAACUUAAGAUAUCAUGAUGGAAACGAUUGAUAUUAAAUCUGCCUGAUUGUUAACAAGAAAUCGUGAUCGAUUGAUCAUAUGUUCAUAAUUAAAUUUGAAAGAUUAUUUCGCAAACGUUAAAACUUGUGAUAAAUUUCAAUACAGACAUAAUAUAUGUUGGCCACUGCCGAUCAUAAUAUCCAAUGAAGCACAUAUCUAUAGUGACUGAACAGAAUAAAAUCACUUCUGAUAGUCUUGGAACGUGCAUAUCACCAACAGCAUUAACAGCAUAAACGAAUUUUGACAGCCUAGCGAAUUGUUACAUCUUAGAUCUGCUUUGGUAGGCAGAUAUUUUAUAUUCAUUUACGCAGAUAUAUUUCGCUGUAGGUUGAGCUUUACCUGUUCUUAUAGAGAGCUUACGGACUUUUUAUAUAUAUAUAUUCAAUUCUGUAUUAUUAUUAUGUUGCUGUGUCGUCCAUGAAAUGGAUUAUGUUGGAGAGUUUUCAUUUGAAAUGUGAUGAAAGAUGCAUAUUGUGCCUCAAUUUGUUAAUUUUAAGCUGAGCACUAUUUAAUUUUAAUAAACUUUGUUCAU